GCCGCCGGUGUGGGUGCUCGGCUACCGGCUCCUCUCUGUUCUGUCCUCUCUUCUGCUCUUGGCUCCCCACCCCCUCUCCCUUCCUUCCCCUCCCCUUCCCUCCCCUCCUCUGCAGCGCCUGCAUUAUUUUCUGCCCGCAGGCUCGGCUUGCACUGCUGCUGCAGCCCGGGGAGGUGGAUGGGUGGGUGGGUUGGCUGGUGGGUAGGAGAUUGUGCAAGUUGUAGGGGAGGGGGUGCCCUCUUGUUCCCCGCUCCCUUCCCCCCCCAACUCCUUCCCCCUCCUUCUCCCCCUUUCCCCUCCCCGCCCCCACCUUCUUCCUCCUUUCGGAAGGGCUGGUAACUUGUUGUGCGGAGCGAACGGCGGCGGCGGCGGCGGCGGCGGCGGCGGCACCAUCCAGGCGGGCACCAUGGGCACGUCCGCGCGCUGGGCGCUCUGGCUGCUGCUCGCGCUGUGCUGGGCGCCCUGGGAGAGCGGCGCCACCGGAACCGGGAGAAAAGCCAAAUGUGAACCCUCCCAAUUCCAGUGCACAAAUGGUCGCUGUAUUACGCUGUUGUGGAAAUGUGAUGGGGAUGAAGACUGUGUUGACGGCAGUGAUGAAAAGAACUGUGUAAAGAAGACGUGUGCUGAAUCUGACUUCGUGUGCAACAAUGGCCAGUGUGUUCCCAGCCGAUGGAAGUGUGAUGGAGAUCCUGACUGUGAAGAUGGUUCAGAUGAAAGCCCAGAACAGUGCCAUAUGAGAACAUGCCGCAUAAAUGAAAUCAGCUGUGGCGCCCAUUCUACUCAGUGUAUCCCAGUGUCCUGGAGAUGUGAUGGUGAAAAUGAUUGUGACAGUGGAGAAGAUGAAGAAAACUGUGGCAAUAUAACAUGUAGCCCCAGUGAGUUCACCUGCUCCAGUGGCCGCUGCAUCUCCAGGAACUUUGUAUGCAAUGGCCAGGAUGACUGCAGCGAUGGCAGUGAUGAGCUGGACUGUGCCCCGCCAACCUGUGGCGUCCAUGAGUUCCAGUGCAGCACCUCCUCCUGCAUCCCCAUCAGCUGGGUAUGUGAUGAUGAUGCAGACUGCUCCGACCAAUCUGAUGAGUCCCUGGAGCAGUGUGGCCGCCAGCCAGUUAUACACACCAAGUGUCCAGCCAGCGAAAUCCAGUGCGGCUCUGGCGAGUGCAUCCAUAAGAAGUGGCGAUGUGACGGGGACCCUGACUGCAAGGACGGCAGUGAUGAGGUCAACUGUCCCUCUCGAACUUGCCGACCUGACCAAUUUGAGUGUGAGGAUGGCAGCUGCAUCCAUGGCAGCAGGCAGUGUAAUGGCAUCCGAGACUGUAUCGAUGGUUCCGAUGAAGUCAACUGCAAAAAUGUCAAUCAGUGCUUGGGCCCUGGAAAAUUCAAAUGCAGAAGUGGAGAAUGCAUAGAUAUCAGCAAAGUAUGUAACCAGGAGCAGGACUGCAGGGACUGGAGUGAUGAGCCCCUGAAAGAAUGUCAUAUAAACGAAUGCUUGGUAAAUAAUGGCGGAUGUUCCCAUAUCUGCAAAGACCUAGUUAUAGGCUACGAGUGUGACUGUGCAGCUGGGUUUGAACUGAUAGAUAGGAAAACCUGUGGAGAUAUUGAUGAAUGCCAAAAUCCAGGAAUCUGCAGUCAAAUUUGUAUCAACUUAAAAGGCGGUUACAAGUGUGAAUGUAGUCGUGGCUAUCAAAUGGAUCUUGCCACUGGCGUGUGCAAGGCAGUAGGCAAAGAGCCAAGUCUGAUCUUCACUAAUCGAAGAGACAUCAGGAAGAUUGGCUUAGAGAGGAAAGAAUAUAUCCAACUAGUUGAACAGCUAAGAAACACUGUGGCUCUUGAUGCUGACAUUGCUGCUCAGAAACUAUUCUGGGCUGAUCUAAGCCAAAAGGCUAUCUUCAGUGCCUCAAUUGAUGACAAGGUUGGUAGACAUGUUAAAAUGAUCGACAAUGUCUAUAAUCCUGCAGCCAUUGCUGUUGAUUGGGUGUACAAGACCAUCUACUGGACUGAUGCGGCUUCUAAGACUAUUUCAGUAGCUACCCUAGAUGGAACCAAGAGGAAGUUCCUGUUUAACUCUGAUUUGCGAGAGCCUGCCUCCAUAGCUGUGGACCCACUGUCUGGCUUUGUUUACUGGUCAGACUGGGGUGAACCAGCUAAAAUAGAAAAAGCAGGAAUGAAUGGAUUUGAUAGACGUCCACUGGUGACAGUGGAUAUCCAGUGGCCUAACGGAAUUACACUUGACCUUAUAAAAAGCCGCCUCUAUUGGCUUGAUUCUAAGUUGCACAUGUUAUCCAGCGUGGACUUGAAUGGCCAAGAUCGUAGGAUAGUACUAAAGUCUCUGGAGUUCCUAGCUCACCCUCUUGCACUAACAAUAUUUGAGGAUCAUGUCUACUGGAUAGAUGGGGAAAACGAAGCAGUCUAUGGUGCCAAUAAAUUCACUGGAUCAGAGCUAGCCACUCUAGUCAACAACCUUAAUGAUGCCCAAGACAUCAUUGUCUAUCAUGAACUUGUACAGCCAUCAGGUAAAAACUGGUGUGAAGAAGACAUGGAGAAUGGAGGAUGUGAAUACUUAUGCCUGCCAGCACCACAGAUUAAUGAUCACUCUCCAAAAUAUACCUGUUCCUGCCCCAAUGGGUUCAAUCUAGAGGAAAAUGGCCGAGACUGCCAAAGUACUGCAACUACUGUGACUUACAGUGAAACAAAAGAUACGAACACAACAGAAAUUUCACCAACUAGUGGACUAGUUCCUGGAGGGAUCAAUGUGACCACAGCAGUAUCAGAGGUCAGUGUUCCCCCAAAAGGGACUUCUGCUGCAUGGGCCAUUCUUCCUCUCUUGCUCUUAGUGAUGGCAGCAGUAGGUGGCUACUUGAUGUGGCGGAAUUGGCAACACAAGAACAUGAAAAGCAUGAACUUUGACAAUCCUGUGUACUUGAAAACCACUGAAGAGGACCUCUCCAUAGACAUUGGUAGACACAGUGCUUCUGUUGGACACACAUACCCAGCAAUAUCAGUUGUAAGCACAGAUGAUGAUCUAGCUUGACUUCUGUGACAAGUCUUGACCUUUGAGGUCUAAACAAAUAAUACCCCCGUUGGAACGGUAACCGAGCCAGCAGCUGAAGUCUCUUUCUUCCUCUCGGCUGGAAGAACAUCAAGAUACCUUUGUGUGGAUCAAGCUUGUGUACUUGACCGUUUUUAUAUUACUUUUGUAAAUAUUCUUGUCCACAUUCUACUUCAGCUUUGGAUGUGGUUACUAAGUAUCUGUAACCCUUGAAUUUCUAGACAGUAUUGCCACCUCUGGCCAAAUAUGCACUUUCCCUAGAAAGCCAUAUUCCAGCAAUGAAACUUGUGCUAUAGUGUAUACCACCUGUACAUACGUUGUAUAGGCCAUCUGUAAAUAUCCCAGAAAACAAUCACUAUUCUUAAGCACUUUGAAAAUAUUUCUAUGUAAAUUAUUGUAAACUUUUUCAAUGGUUGGGACAAUGGCAAUAGGAUAAAACGGGUUACUAAGAUGAAAUUGCCAAAAAAAAUUUGUAAACUAAUUUUGUACGUAUGAAUGAAAUCUUUGACCUCAAUGGAGGUUUGCAAAGACUGAGUAUUCAAACUACUGUACAUUUUUUUUCAAGUGCUAAAAAAUUAAACCAAGCAGCUUAACCAUGGUUUGUGCCUGUUCCUCUAGGAUGAAAUCCUAGCCUGAGUAGUAUCAAGUGUUCUGUGUGAGCUAUAAUUCUUGAUGUUGUAUAACUAAGCCUGUAAUUGGACUAGUUUCUCUUACACCCAAGUACAGCUAAAAAAUGAAGUACUGUUUAACAUUUGCUCCCAAAAUAUUUCUUACUGUGUAAAAGAAGCUUAGUCUGUACCUAGAAUUCCUUUUGGUUAGAGGAGUUUCUUUUCCAUUAACUUGUUUCCUGAUCGAGAAACACAUGCUAAGAUUUCUAUGAAUUCUGCUUCUUUAUAGUUAAGUCUGUUUUCCAUGUUCUGUCAUUUAUUUAGGUCAAGGACAAGUGCCUUCUAAGGCAUGGAUAAGGGCUUUCUUCUUGUAAAAUUCUAGACUGUCUUACUGUGAAGAUGGCCAGGGAGGAUAGCAAGCAAUGGCAUUCUUGAACAAUCGAAGGCAGGGUUCUCAGUGUGGUCCCGGGAACAGAAGCAUCUGCAUCACCUGGGAAUGUGUUGGAAAUGCAAGUUCUCAGCCCCAUCCCAGACCUACUGAAUCAGAAACCCUGCAGGCUAGGGCUGAAACCUGUUUUCAUAAGCCCUUCAGGCAAUACUGAUGUAAACUAAAGCUUAAAAACCACUGUUUUAAUGUGACUUCAUGAAUAAUAUAAUUAUGAUAUCACCUAAAUUUUUAUCCUGGCUGGGAUAGGGCAGAUUCUUAUUAUGGACAAUUUCUGGAACUUACAGUAUGAAGAGCAGAUGAAGAGUUUGAGACAAAGAAAAAGUUGCACAGGGAGUUUAGUGAAUUUUUCCAUCAGGUUGGCCAUUACUUACUUUCUCCAAAGUCUCAGGAUGUCUGGAAGCAAGGAAAGACACAAGACUGGAAGCAUUGGGUGGAUGCUGUGUGUCGCAAGUGAGGUGGAGAGUUGACUGUGGAAGGUACAGCAAUUCCUCUGGAAUUAAAUGACCGACCAACACUGUAGGAAGAAGAUGAAGAGAAGAUGUUUUAAGUCGCUACAUGAAUCAGUGGAUGACUCAUAUUUUCACUUGCAUAUGAAAUAUAAGGCAGUUAACAUCUUGUUUGUGGCUUAAGCAAGGAAAUUAAUAUUACUAGAUGAAGGGGAAGUUGGUUCUGUUAUCUUAAGGGAUGCCCCCUUGUGAUUUUGGUCAACUGAAUGAAAAAGAUAGCCUUGGACCUUUUUUUCAUGGGAGGUUUGGAGGUCAAGCAUGUAGAAGGAAAAGGCUGUAGUCAUGAAUAUAGAACUGUCUGCUCUCCACCUUUUCCUUACUGUACAUUUAGUCAUCACACUGAACAGGAUGUGGCCUGCUGAUAGUGAGUAGCUGAAGUGCCUAUUUGGUAAGUAGGUUAGCAUUCAACAUGAACUCUGAAAGCCAUUUCAGUGUUUGAAUGCUGCUCUGACCCUGCUAUGGUACAAAAAAACAUGGAUUUUUUUUUUUUUUUUUUUUAACUGGAGUAAUACCAAAUUCCCUUUAGAAGCUUGAAGUUUGAUACUAUUGCUUUCCCCAUUAUAACGAUUAUACAGUAUUAAUUAUAAGGCCCAAAGUUUGUUUUGGCAAAUAAAGUAUUAUUCUCUAUCAUCAUCAUCUUUUGAAUUCCUGUCCCUAGUAUGUUCUUUCAUGUUCUGGGUACAAAUUUCCAACCCUCAAAGAGUCUAAAACAUCUCUUUUUUUUUUUUUUUUUUUACCAUGUCCUCCCCAAUAAGAAGCCAAGGUACAACUCAUUGUACCUAAGAGGUACAAACUCAUUUGUAGAAACAAAGUAACUAGAUAUUCCUAUUGAAAUAAGAAUAAAUAUACUGGGGGUCCAGGUAUGGUGGCUCACGCCUCUAAUCCCAGCACUUUGGAAGGCCAAGGUAGGAGGAUCACUUGAGGCCAGGAGUUCGAGACCAGCCUGAGCAACAUGGUGAGACCCUGUCUCUACAAAAAAAAUUUAUAAAAAUAAAAAAUAGUUAUAUGACUAAACUACUAGUCAAUACAACUUGUAAUACUAGUGCAUGAAUGAUAAGAGGCCUUGGCUUUAUCACCCAAACAAGAACCUGAAUUCUAUGUGAAAUGUGUUAGGGUAAGUUUCCUGUGUCUCUAGAGUUUAAUGUAGAAGAUAAUUAAGAGGUAAAAUAUGAAGCUUACCACACACUAAAGGAGAAUGUUUGGAGUUAGAUGAGCCUGUCACACAAAGUGAAAGUGGACUCUCCAGAAAUUUUAGGAAUUGCCACAAAGAUUGAUGAUAGGUGAAUAAACAGAUUUGUGGCCUCUGCUAAAGAAAUCCAGCCAAGUUCCUCUGUCCAAAUUUUUAAGUGCCCUUUGCAAGCUAUCUAUUUGGCAAAAUUAGUCCCAGUUGUUCAACUAGUUCCCUUGAAACAUUCUAGUAGGUGUUUUAAAGCCUAGGUAUCCCUGCCUCUCUAGUUCUUGAUGAAUACGAG